CAUUUUUAAAUCCUUUUCCUCAUUCUCUCUUUUCCAACACUAAAAAGAAAGAGGGCAAACGAAUAUAUGGUCCACGAACAAGCAAAUAUCGUUCUCGGGCAUAUCCGGUUUGAAAUUAUAAUUAAGAUAAAUCCAUUGUUAGAUAAAAUAUUUCAAAAACGAAUAUAUAACAGAGAGACUCACAUCGCGAUCCCUAUGCUGUUUCCUUCUUCCUGAGCACAUAUGAUCUAAGAGAGGGCUAGAUGGUUUAAAUGUGUUUCUUAGGGCACGAAGCUGUCAGACCUUUUGGCGAGCAAGAUUGAUAGCGCGCAGGCUUCCAGGGCUCUUUGUUUGGAAUAUAAGCAAUAAAGAGCUCAUGGCCCACUGCCACUUACAGCAGAAAACAGUAUAGGUAUAAAGUCACCAAACAAUCUAUGUUCCAUAUUUAUGCGUUUAUUUUGCACUGACAUAUUUAAAAACUCAUCCUGACCAAGUAUCCUUCGAGGCUUAUUCAAAUCCUCAAUGUCAUUGUGAGGUCAGUUAAGGCAACAACGUAUACCUUCAUAAUUGCAAAUAGAUUACGUGUCACAUACUGCUAGAAAUGUAGGACACUUUUCUAGUUCAAAAUUUUGCGUUUUAAUGCAAAGUAAAAUAGUUUUAAAUAUUUAUUGUAAAAGUCUUAUUAAGAUACACAUCUGAGACCGUUCCGGCACCCCAUGAUAAAAGAGCCCAAUUACAAGAACACCCCAAACCCAAAUGUGUUAUUGUACAGUUUAACAAAUGAAUCUUAUCCAUUUAAGAUUAUAAAUAUGGGACAAUACCCAUGUAAAUGCCCGUGUUACAGCUUCAUGAACGCGCGUGCACGCCCCUGUGCGCGUGAACUGCAGACUGAAAUUCAACUCACCCUUGUGAACGCGCACACAAGAGUGCGCGUGCAAGGGUUCAUACGCAUGCGUGUAUUUGGGAACGCGCGUUGUCUGACAAAAGUUGGUGGUAAAACUCGGUCGCAAGAUUAAUGGGUUUCUUUUGAGCAUGACGGUUGGUGGAUCUUAUGUGACCAUUCCCAGGCUGAACCCGGGCAGCCACCCUCGCCACAGCCGCCCUAAGCAGAACCCGAACGGCGUGUGCCCGCUGCCCGCCGCCUCGUUACCCCCGGAGUACCCGUGGAUGAAGGAGAAAAAAGCUUCAAAGAAAAACCAGACAUCAGCUGCAGCCACAACCGACCCUGCACCACUCUACUUCUCUCCUGAAGGUUCGCCGGAGGUUUCGGAUGGUGGCGGAGGUGGCGGCGGCACACGCAGACUGAGAACGGCCUACACUAACACACAGCUGCUGGAGCUUGAGAAAGAAUUCCACUUCAACAAGUACCUGUGCCGACCACGGAGGGUGGAGAUCGCCGCCUUGCUGGACCUCACGGAGAGGCAAGUAAAAGUCUGGUUUCAGAACCGGCGCAUGAAGCAUAAGCGCCAGACGCAGUGCAAGGAGAACCAGAAUGGCGAGACGAGAGCUGUGAGCCUGGAGGAAAACACUGCCCAUGGCAAGGUUUUUUACGAACAAUCGGGAACGAACGCCGUUUCCGGGGCUCUCUUGGAGAACGAGAGUUACGCGUUCCAGCAGAACACUACGCAGAAUGGACACAAUGGAGAGUCUCCAAGCUCUACUGUUUCGCCCCUGAACAGUAAUGACAAAAAUCUGAAACAUUUUCCCAACCCGUCACCCACUGUUCCCGUGUGCGCCCCUACAAUGGCUGUGGACGGCGCAGCUGCUAGGGACAAUAGCACACCACCAGGCCUGGACGGCCCCAUGCACGACUUUCACGUUUUCUCCACAGAUUCCUGCCUGCAUCUCUCAGAUGCCAUCUCUCCGAGUGUGUCUGAGACGGUGGAUAGCCCUAUGGGUUUAGGCACGGACUCAUUUGAUUUCUUCUCGGAGACGCUCACGACGAUCGACUUACAACAUUUGAACUACUAACAGUUUUUGAGCACAAGGAAGCCCCGUUAUCUUUCUCUACGGAUGGUCAGUCUGUUUUAAUUAUAACGUUUGAAAAUUAGGCCUAGACCAUUAGCCUGCGAAGGGUUAAGUUUAAUAUGAGUGAUUGAAUGAUUAUUUGUGUUUACAGCGCAAAAACAAAAAAGAGUGAUAUUUUUCGUUUUAUUUUUGUAUAAUCUUUGCGGCAGUGUGCCAUAUUUUCUUAAAAUAAAAUUUUUACAUUGCUGAAGAUAAAGCGAGGCCGCUGUGUUGCACAAUUUUUGUAAUACUUUGCUCCGCGCUAAAGGGAAUUAAUGCUAUUAAACAAAAAAAAAUCGUAAUAAAUUGAUAAUGAGAAAUAAAUAAAAUGUAUUUAUAUGCUAUGGGAUAACGUGAUUACAUCGACUAGUGCGAUUUAAAAAAGUGAAUAAAAUUUUUUUAGCCGUAGUAUCUAUUGUUUCCACAGACCCCAUAAUUUCUAAAGUGCCUUAAAUAUUGUUGUCCAUGUACAUAUAAAUCUCUGUAACACUCUGAAUCUUAACAAAUGUAAGCU